AAUUUUUAAAGUCAAAUUUUGACAACCGGUUAUGAUUAUUUGCCGAAUCCAAGAAAACAGAAGUUAUUUAUGUUCUUCAAAUUUAGUGGAACGAUAAACUGUGUCGUUCACCAUUUUGAAAUAAUUCGAUGUGAGAAUAAGUUCAUAUCAUCUUUGGAAUAUCGUAUAUCAUUGUUUAUUCUAAGUUUUACCUCGGAAGCUGCAGCAUCCAUCGAACAACAAAAUGGACGCCAGUAAUUUAACUUUCGAUUCGAAUAUUAUCAGAUCUUUGUAUACGUACAUUGUAGAAGAUCUAGCCGAUCCGCGCGCGAAAAAUCUUCCCUUACUACAUAAUCCCAUGUGGGUCGUUUCUAGUAUUGUGAUUUAUUUGAUUCUUGUGUUAAACAUUGUUCCUAAAUGGAUGGUUGACAAGAAGCCUUUCAAACUGUAUCACCUGAUAUUGGUCUACGACGCCAUCGAAAUCAUCGGAAGUGGGAUAGCAAUUUAUUUAUUUUUCAAACAUGGCUGGAGAUGGAGUUAUUUUCAUGAAUGUAAAACCCCCGACUUUUCCGACGAUCCGAAUUCGCUUGGAUUCUUGAGGGCAGCAUACUUUACGUAUCUUUUGAAGUUGUCUGAGCUGAUCGAAACGGUGAUGUACGCGUUGCGGAAAAAGAACAAUCAAAUAAGCGCAUUUCAUGUUUACCAUCACUGUUAUGCUCUGGUGACAUCGUGGGGAUUUGCCAAGUAUGGAGGCGGGAGCAUGCUGAGCUACACCAUAAUAGUGAACAGCAUAGUGCAUGUUGGGAUGUACACUUACUAUCUUCUUUCGAUAUACGCCCAAAAGCUGCCAUUCAGUUUGAUUCCUCUUAAAAAACUAGUCACUGUGCUGCAAAUCUUCCAAUUGAUUACCGUUUUGGGAAAUCUAGCAAAUGCCAUGAAAAGUACUUGUACUGUUCCGAUCUUGCACUGCCUGUACCACGGCCCAAACAUGGCAUUGCAAAUCAAACUAUUUUUGGAUUUCUACAACUCUGCCUAUCGAUCUAAGCCGAACGAUUCUAUGAACAAAAAUCAUCAAAAAACGCAAUAAAUUUCUGUAAACAUAGCAGCAUGAUGAGGUAAAUUUAAACGAUAAGAGUUUAGAAUAAAUGUGAAGAGUUAUAAACAGACUCAGAUACUAUAGUUAGUGUCCAGAUUCAGAAAUUCAUUUUCCAGCGCUAGAAGCGAUCAUGAGGUAAACAAGUAGGGGAAAAUAGUAACUUUCAAAUGAAAUUAGGGCAAAAUAAGUGACCACAUCAAACCAAAAAUUUCAUCAAUAGAGGCUCCAAAAACUUCAACCAAUAAAUUAAAUAAUCAAUUUGUGAUUUUAAAUACAGUUUUCUAUAAGG